AGAAAUCCUGCGAGUCCACAAGACGUGGAUUGUUUUGAUUGGAGGGGAUGCUUCCAGCCAUAUGUGUUGGUUACGCCCUCCUCAGAUCCAAGAAGUCAUGUGUAGGGGCUGCCGCUACCCCCAGCGAGCCUCCAUGGUCCCCGGGCUCUCGCUGGAGUACAGGGACGACCCAUUCCUGAAGAAGCAGAGGGGCAUCGAGCCGGAGAUCUUCACCUUCCAGACAGUCGCACCGGUCAAGGACCGUGCGUCGGUCAGUGGCCGGAGCCCGGGAAAGCGUCGAGCUGUUAAAGUCCUCUAUCCGGCGCAGGUCAGAAAGUAUCUCCCACCGGAAAAGAAGGACUGGGUAAAGAGGAUGUUCUUCCUGUUCCUGGCUAUUGUCCUGCUCCAGGUGUACCAAGCCACAGAGGGCAACGAGGAGCUCGCUGCUCCGGCGUCACCGGGCGACGUGACUCCGUUGUUGUUUACUAACAGAUCCGCCCUGCUGCUGCCGAACCUGCCCAUAACGGGGGCUGAAACCAGCCCGGCCCUCGGGAUCCCACGGGCCAGCCACGUCUGCGGAUGGAACGGGUCGUCCCUCCACCAGGGCACUGCCAGGGAUCUUCCCGAUCGGCGGUGCGUCGUCUUGGACCUCCGUGAGGUCAAGAACGGGGACGGCCUGAACUCCAGUUUCCUUGCCCUGUGAAGAGACGAGGCCGGCCUCAGUCGCUUGGGAAGUUUGACUCGGGCUUUCCUCGCCAAAUACUAUGAGCCACGGUGUCAGCUCGAUCGCCAGGAUGCGCCGCUAGCAACUUAGAGGGGAGGUGGAGGUGUCUUUCCAGCUCUUGUCAGGACUUGGGGCUUGAAUGUGGGGGGCCACUCCCUGUUGGACUUUGCAGACGGAGGAGAUAACUGU